AUACAUUUACAAUGCUUCUGCUGCUGCUUCAAUGGCUUAGUCUCUCUUUAACCAAAAACAAUGCAAGGGAAAACUGGCAGUUGUAGUACUGAAAGUGUCACCGCAAAUAAAACAAAUGGCGAGGAGCGAAACGAUACUAUAGAGAUUUCGGAUCUAUUACCUCUCGAACUCAUCAAAUCUGAGACAAUUCCUCCAUCGCCAAAUCGUUCGGUCUCUACUAUCGAUUGGUUGCCGGAUUUCGCAGGUUACUCAUGGAUCGCAUACGGAGCUUCGUCAUUACUAGUUAUCUCCCACUUUCCUUCUCCUCUCUCUCAGGAAGAAACCUCGAUUGGUCCUUUUUUCCGGCAAGUUAUCGAGCUUUCCAGCGACGAGUCUGCAGUUGUAAAGGCUGCUGCCUGGUCUCCCGUGAUUCCUUCGAAAGGCGAACUUGCAGCGGUAUUGGAGAACUGCAUCUGCUUGUAUUCGGCGAAUUCUGGAGAUAAUAACGGUUCUUCUUAUUGGAGGCAAGAUGCUGUCCUUGUACAAUCUUAUACAGUGGAGGCCAUCAAAUGGACAGGUUCUGGUGAUGGGAUUAUUGCAGCUGGAAUUGAGGUGGUAUUGUGGAAAAGGAAGAACCAGACCUGGGAAAUAGCUUGGAAGUUCAGAACAGAACAACCUCAAAAUCUGGUUUCUGCAACCUGGACUGUUGAAGGACCUGCAGCAACUGCAGCAUGCUUAUGUGCAUUGGAUGUUGAAGGAUCACCUUCUCUGUUUAAAGGGGUAAAUAAAUGUGUGUUAGUGUGUCAGAAUGAUGGGAAAACUGGAUUUUGGAAAGCAGAGUUAAACCAUCCUCAGCCAGUUUCAAUGAUUCAGUGGAGGCCAUUGAUUAAAACAGGAUCAAAUAGAGAUACAUUGCAUCCACAAAAGGAUGUUCUCUUAACAUGCUGCUUAGAUGGAACUGUAAGGUUGUGGAGUGAAAUUGACAGUGGGAGGGGUAGAAAGUUUAGUAAGGACAUCAAUGAUCAAAAAACCAUGAGGCAAUCUUUCCAUGUUACUGCUGUAAUUGAAAUAAACCAAUCCUUGAGGGCAACCUUGGGCAAAGAUGCAUUUGUAACAUGGGCAAUGGAACUCACAGGUACAGUAAAUACAUGUAUACAUGAAACGCCAGGCAGGUGUGAGUGGUUAAUUGGGUUUGGACCAGGAAUGUCACUUACUUUCUGGGCUGUCCACUGCCUUGAUGAUACUUCCCCAUUAAGGUUCCCACGGGUGACUUUAUGGAAGAGACAAGAGUUACCAAGUCCAGAAGGUGUUUAUCAUUAUGGAAUUGCUAAGCCAAGUUCUGAAGACCUAUCCCUUUUUUAUAAUGCUGUUACGUUGAGGAGUAAACUCUUUGGACCACCAACCACAUGCUCUUUGAUACAGUUAUUACCUUGCAAUUCCAUGAGUUGGUUACAGUUAUAUACCCCUCCAUCUAGUAACACAGAGGAUGCAUCUUUAAAGCAAUUAUGGGAGAACUGUUUAUCAUGUUGUGCAGGUGGGGUUGUGAGUCUAGACGGUCACAAUGGAAAAAUCUUACAAGUAGCAGUGCAUCCCUAUAGUUGUGAAGUUGAACUUGCUGUUUCAUUAGAUUCUAAUGGUUUGCUGCUUUUCUGGUCUCUUUCUGCCACUUCCAAUUGCAUGUUUGAUAUGCCAAUGGUGGUUCCCCAUACAUGGAAACUAUUGGGCAGAACUGUGACUAAAGACUUGUCGUGUUUUGAAUAUUCAAGCGUGAGGUGGGCACCUUCAGUUUUGGAUGGGAGCUGUAUUCUUCUUAUGGGACAUGCUGGAGGAAUUGAUUGCUUCAUCAUUCAAUUCUCCAAAAAUGAAGAAAGGAGUGUAUUGCCUCAAAAAUUAUGUACAAUUCCUUUCAGUGAUCAUAGUCAGAAAGAAGCACCCACCAACAUCUUUGCAGUCCCUCUGCCUUCAGCCUGUAGUAAGAGGUUUAUUUCUAAUGAUUUUAUGUUGCUAGGAGUAUGGAUGAAAGAAUUCCAGGCUCUAUCAUGGAAAAUUACCUUGCAUGCUGAUGAUUUACCUGGAAGCAGCUGCAGUUGCAGUUUUGAGAGUGCACAGAGAUAUGAAAGUACCUUUGCUGGGAAAAAAUGUUAUGUUGUUGUUCAAGUGUGCUCAGAAAAGUUUCCAGAUUUCCACAGCCCUGCUCAAGUUACAAGUGUAGGUGUUGUCUGUUCAGAUGUUUUGACACCAUCCAUACAACGGAAGUGGGCUUUGUCUAAUGGUUUCUGCCUGAACUCUUCUGCAUAUCACAUGGCCACAGGAUAUGCUGAUGGUACUCUGAAACUAUGGAGAAGUAUUCCUGUAAAAUCAUCAACUCAACAUCCUGAACCAGUUCACUUGUCCUGGGAGCUUGUGGGUAAGCUAACCACCCAUGAAGGUCCAGUCAGUGCAAUAGCUUUGUCUGGGUGUGGUCAGAAGCUUGCAACUGUUUGCGCUGCAGGUCAUGUGGAUGGUGUGAGCACUCUUCAUAUAUGGGAAUCUGUACGUCUCAUAGGUUCAGGAAGUUUUUUUCUAGAAGAUAAGAUAUCCCUGGAUGGGGUUGUUAUUUCUUUAAACUGGUUAUCCAUAGGGAAUGGCCAUUUACUACUUGGUGUUUGCAUGCAGAAUGAAUUGCGUGUGUACGCUAAAAGAAGGUGUGGCACUGAGAUUCUAGAAAAACCAGGAAACUCAUUGGAGAUGCAUGUUUGGCUUUGUAUUGCAGUAGGUCACACUUCGCAAGUAGCUCAAGACUUCCUUUGGGGACCAAGGGCUAAUCCUGUGCUUGUUCAUGAGAGGUACUUUUCUGUUUUCAGUCAGUGGUCAUUCCAUAUGGAUAAGAAUGACCAGGCCAAGCAGUAUCGAGAAUGUGAGGAAGAUAAUCCUCACCAUUGUAUGGCUAGAACAGAUAGAGACAUGCUUCCUGCUAUUUUUGCAGGUUGCAUUAGUUAUGAUGAUAAAUUCUUAACAAGUGAUGAGAGCAGUGAAGGAUGCAAGUCCAUACUGCCAACAAAGAUGAAUAUGAAAAAUGAUCAUCUGUUCUACAACUUUUUAACACUUCCUCAACAGCAAUAUGAUUCAGAUACCACAUUCGGCCCAUGGACCAUGCUUGAAGUAGAAGAGAAAUUACAUGGAGUUUUGCCUGUUUAUCAUCCAGAAUCACUCCUGAUGAAUAUAUGUUCAGGGAAUUGGAAACGUGCAUAUAUUGCUGUGCAGCAUCUUGUGGGAUAUCUUACCUCUGAUAAUUCCUCUGCCUGCGAGGAGGCAUUUAACUUGGCAAAACGUAGCCAUAUCAUUCCACAGAUACACUUGGCAAAUUAUCUUGAAGAACUUUUCUCCACAAACUUAAGUGAUACAAAAUUACAAUGGGGUGGAGUUCCUGCUUCAAUGACAUCAGCUUCACAGUUUGAGAGAAGCUCCUCCCAGUUUUCUGGAUAUAAAUCAGAGACCAAUGCUACCAAUAAUAUGUUCACUUCCACUUUAAGGAAUUCUGAAAUUGACCACUUUAUUGAAACUCUAAACAAAGUCCAUCCAGCUACAAAAAACAUGGAAAGACUCAAAAUUCUUGCAGUUUUAGAUCUUUUGGGAGAAAUCGGUGGUCUGUGCUCUUCUUCUGCCUAUGGAAGUCUAGAUGAACCUGGACGAAGGUUUUGGGUUGCAGUCAGAUUUCAGAAACUUUAUUUGCUCCGAAGAUUUGGAAGAAUGGAAGCCAAGGAAGAGUUGCCUGUUGAAUCUAGGUUCAUAGGUUGGGCCUUCCACUCUGAUUGUCAGGAAACUCUGUUCAACUCUAUCCUGCCCAAUGAGCCAUCUUGGCCAGAAAUGCGGAGUUUGGGUGUUGGAUUUUGGUUUAGUAAUGCUGCAGAAUUACGCAUCAAGAUGGAGAAGCUGGCGAGAUUGCAAUAUUUGAAGAACAAAGAUCCAAAGGAUUGUGCACUUUUAUAUAUAGCAUUGAAUAGACUUAAGGUUUUGGCUGGUCUUUUUAAAAUCAGCAAAGAUGAAAAAGACAAGCCCCUGGUUGGAUUUCUUUCACGCAAUUUUGAGGAGGAGAAAAAUAAAGCAGCUGCCUUGAAGAAUGCAUAUGUUUUAAUGGGAAGACAUCAGUUGGAACUUGCUAUUGCUUUCUUUUUGCUGGGAGGUGACCAUUCUUCUGCAAUCACUGUCUGUGCUAAAAAUCUUGGAGAUGAACAGCUUGCUCUUGUAAUUUGUCGGCUUGUUGAAGGUAAUGGUGGGCCAUUAGAGCGGCAGCUUAUAUCGAAGUUUCUGCUCCCAGCUGCUAUAGAGAAAGGGGAUUAUUGGCUUGCUAGCCAUCUUGAGUGGGUUCUAGGCAAUUAUUGUCAAUCUUUUCUGAACUUGCUUGGUUUCCAAAUGGAUUCAGUGUUAGAUAAGUCAGACUUKGCAUCCAAUCCUGCUGCUCUAUCAGAUCCAUAUCUUGGUCAUUACUGUCUAAUGUUAGCAACCAAAAAUAGCAUGAGGAAUUCUUUAGGGGAGACUGCUUCUGCACUGCUGGCUAGGUGGGCAACAUGGAUAACUGUUACUGCCUUAAACAGAUGUGCUCUUCCUCUUGAAGCCUUGGAGUGCCUUUCAUCUUCUCUGAGCAUUAUUGAGAAUAAAGAUCAAGGAAGCUUGUUACACAUUGAGAAUGAUGGGAUUCUACGUGUAAUAUUCAAGUUAUUCCAAAGUGAUGACUCUAACUGGGUGUCAGGUGAUGUGGCUUUUCAUUUAGAGUACCAUGCUAAAUUGGAUUUAGCAAUGCAGUACAUUUCAAAAUUGAUAAUGGAACACCCAAGCUGGUCAUGCAUUAAUUCGGAAUCUAGUGGAGCCAUUGGCUACAUCAAGGAAUAUGAAACUCAGCAAUACAAACUGUUACUUAAAGAAUUGCAAAAUAAGCUAAAUACAGGACUUGCAACUUUUCAGCAGAAGUAUUCUCUCAAUUCUGCUGAUUUGAUCAAUUUGACUGUAGUCUUCUCAAGCAACAACGGGUUGUUUCUCAGUUACAAUAUAUUACAUGGCUAUGCUUAUCAAGAACAUCCACCAGAUGAAAACUGUGCAGUUGACGAUUUCCUUUUGCAUCCUUCUCUUUUGAAAGCUACCCAAGAUUUCUCCUAUGCAUUGGCACGCUAUAUUGUGGCCUGUACCUGCAUGCAGCUGAAGCCAUUUUUCACCAAGAGUAAUGUGCUUGGUGGCACCAGAUCUGGCCAGUUACAUGUUCUGGAUGCUUGUAUGCAGAGUGUACAGUCAGCAAGAAGUUUGAAUUCCACUCUGAAAGCCUAUUUAUAUGGAUUGCAUGCAGAACACCUCUCCAUCAAAGUCUCUACUGUGUUUGAUCUUCUUGAAUAUUAUGCAUAUUUUGCAUCGGCAUGGCUUAAAGGGAAUUUGAAAGGUCUCAUUCUGGUGAUACAGCCCAUUUUGAGUGCAUUAKCUGCUCCUUCAGAAUUUGAUAUCGCAAGUAUGAAAAAACUACUCUACCAAAGAUCCAAGUCAAUGGCACAUGAUUUGUCAAGUGAUGAUGUGGCUGGCCUUCCAUUUGCUAUGCAAUGUCAACUUGAGCAAAGUAGAGAUAUAAUGCAUUCAAUACCAGAAGAAGAAAAAUGGCAACUUAUAGAUACCUGCCUAUGGUGGCAUCUGUCCAAAUUCAUGAAGGCUCAGCUACAGUCAAUGUCUGACAUCCUCUUCGAAGAUUGUUAUCCAUCCAGUGUCCUGCCAGGCACACUUUGUUGCUCGGGAUCUACUUUAAGUUUUGAAUCUGAUGGAAACAGUGCACUGAAACAGAUAAAGAUGGUCUCAGUGUUGAUGUCUAAGUUGCUGAUGAGCUCGGUUGCAAUUGUCUCUUCUUCACAUUCUAAACGGCUUGCAUCAUUCCUUAGGCAGAAAGUAGAGAAAGGUUUGCCUUCGCCUACUCUUGCAUGGUUGGAAGAGUAUAGAAGGUCUCAAUCCAGAGCCAUGCCUAAAAAUUUAAAUAAAUCUGACAGCUUGAGCAUAAUUACUGAUCAAAAUCCGGCAUCAUUGUUUAAAGCAAUAUGGGAAAAUUCUGUUGAUCCUAAGGAAUUAUAUGAAAGUUUUGCAGAGGAAAACAUAAACUGGAUGCAAUUUAUUAACCAGAAGCCCUGUAAAGGCUGGAGUGAUAUGCAUAAAAGCAUCAUGGGUGAAUAUGAAAAUGGUGAUGCUUCAAAUAAUGAUAAGGACUGCAGUAUUAGCCAUGGUCCUGAUGGUCGAAUAGCUGAAUCAUCUUCUAAGAAUUGGUCUCUGGAUGCCUAUGGUUUUCUUGGCUCUGGACGGAGGGAUUCAACCCCUAUCAAGGAGGUGAUGUAUUUCCAGCCUCCAAAGGACAUAUACAAGAAAAAUGGAGAACUUCUUGAGGCAAUGUGUAUUAACUCCAUUGAUCAACGACAAAUUGCACUUGCCAGCAACCACAAGGGGAUAUCCUUUUUUAAUUGGAAAGAUGAAGAACCUCUGGAUGUUCAGACAGAUUAUAUCUGGUCAGAGGCUGAUUGGCCAAAGAAUGGGUGGGCUGGUUCUGAAUCUACGCCUAUUCAUACUUUUGUUUCUCCAGGCGUUGGACUUGGCAGAAAGAAGGGGGCGCACCUUGGAUUGGGUGGAGCAGUGGUUGGCCUAAGUUCUUUGUCCAAACCAGGGAGGGACAUGACAGGCGGUGGAGCAUUUGGAAUUCCAGGUUAUGCUGGCAUUGGUGCUUCUGGCUUUGGUUGGGGUAUACAAGAAGAUUUUGAGGAUUUUGUUGAUCCACCAGCAACAGUUGAAAAUAUAAGCACAAGGGCUUUAUCCAGUCAUCCUUUGAAGCCUUUCUUUUUGGUUGGAUCUAGAAAUACUCAUGUUUACCUAUGGGAGUUUGGCAAGGACAGAGCUACUGCAACCUAUGGUGUGCUGCCUGCUGCAAAUAUUCCUCCACCCUAUGCACUCGCAUCAAUAUCAGCAUUGAAGUUUGACCAUUGUGGACAUAGAUUUGCUACUGCUGCAUUAGAUGGUACUGUAUGCACAUGGCAACUUGAGGUUGGGGGAAGAAGCAAUGUCUGCCCAACAGAAUCAGCUCUCUGCUUUAACAGUCAUGCAUCGGAUGCUUCUUAUGUGGCUCCAAGUGGGUCAAUAAUUGCUGCAGCUGGAUAUAGUUCUAAUGGUGUUAAUGUAGUCAUAUGGGACACGUUGGCUCCAUCUUCCACAUCGCAGGCUUCUCUAAUAUGCCAUGAAGGUGGUGCACGUUCUCUUUCCGUGUUUGAUAAUCACAUUGGAAGUGGUUCUAUUUCUCCCCUUAUUGUCACUGGGGGAAAGGGUGGCGAUGUUGGAGUUCAUGACUUCCGUUUUAUUGCCACUGGAAGGACCAAGAGGCACAGACUUUCUAAUACUAAUGAGCAAAAUAUCAAGUGGUCUUCACCACAUGAUACAGACUCGGGCAUUUCCAACAAAUCUGGGGAACAAAGCCUGAAUGGGAUGCUUUGGUACAUACCAAAAGCUCACCUAGGGAGUGUAACAAGGAUAUCUACCAUUCCAAAUACAAGUUUAUUCUUAACGGGAAGUAAAGAUGGAGAUGUCAAACUUUGGGAUGCUAAAAGAGCCAAGUUGAUAUUCCAUUGGCCAAAAUUGCAUGGAAGGCACACCUUUCUGCAGCCGAGCUCCCGUGGCUUUGGCGGAAUUGGUCAGGCAGCAAUUACAGAUAUCCUCAUCCUUUCUCAUGGUUUUCUUACGUGCGGUGGAGAUGGAAUUGUUAAGUUCGUUCAGUUUAAAAGUUUUCAGUAAAGAACCCCACCAAGAAAAGGAAAACUAAAAGGAAAAGUGAGAAAGUUCUUGCAGAGCAUUCUGAAAAACAUCAUGGUGGAGAACCAAGCACAAAGUGCUUUAAACGCUGAAGGAUGUGUAGCUACUUAGUGGCAUGAAAUUUGGUCUUAGGGAAUUCAGACCCCAAGGUUGCCACAUUGAACCACCAAGUCUGUGUCAUUACUUCUUUUCCACCACUCACUGGAGCUUCAACUAUAUCAUCUGCUCAACUGGCUCUAUAAUGUGCUAUCAUUGUCAUCAUCAUCAUUAUGAUUAUGAUCAUAAUUAUCUCCGCUGAGAAGUACUUGCUCCAUAAUAUGUAAAUUACAGUAGCAUGMAAUGGUGACGUGGCAGUAUAACUGUUGGGGCAGCAAAUGUGAAGGAAAGGAGAUUUGGCAUGGCAUUUCUCAUUUAAACUUUUUUUUUUCAAUUGAUUUUGGUUUCUUACUUAAUACAAUAGUAUGAAGCUUUUUUUAUCACAGAAUAUAAAACAAUAUUGUUUGAACGUGUAUAUACAGAAAUACCUUGUACAAUAGAUAAUCCUGAAUGUAUUUCAGAUUACUUCCCCAAAGAUUUUAUGACUGUUCCACUGGAUGGUCUUUGAAUUAUGUCAAAAAGGAAAUAGCAUAUUGUUUUAUGCCUUA